UUUCUUGCUAGCGGAUUUCGGACCAACCUCUUUCUUCCUUCCUUUCUCCGACUGCUAUCAGAUCAAUCUAUCGGCGGAGGAACGACAGUGUCAGAUCUCCGGCUCUCCACCUCCCGGGUCUCUUAAAGUUCUCCUAGAUCGACCAUUCACGGAGAAAUGGCUUUCGAGAAGAUCAAGGUCGCCAAUCCCAUCGUUGAGAUGGAUGGGGAUGAAAUGACUCGCGUCUUUUGGAAGUCUAUUAAGGAAAAGCUUAUUUUCCCCUUCCUGGAGUUGGAUAUAAAGUACUUUGACCUUGGACUCCCUAAUCGUGAUUCUACAGAUGAUAAAGUUACAAUUGAGAGUGCAGAAGCUACACUUAAGUACAACGUAGCAAUCAAGUGUGCAACCAUAACUCCAGAUGAAGCUCGUGUCAAAGAAUUCAACUUAAAAUAUAUGUGGAAGAGCCCAAAUGGGACAAUUAGGAACAUAUUGAAUGGUACGGUGUUUAGAGAACCAAUUAUUUGCAAAAACGUCCCAAGACUUGUCCCAGGUUGGACCAAGGCCAUAUGCAUCGGAAGGCAUGCAUUUGGUGACCAAUACCGUGCUACUGAUACUGUUGUUAAGGGACCUGGCAAACUUAAAUUGGUCUUUGUUCCAGAAGGACAGGAUGAGAAGACAGAAUUAGAGGUUUAUGAUUUUAAGGGUGCAGGAGGAGUAGCUCUAUCCAUGUACAACACUGAUGAGUCAAUUCAUGCCUUCGCUGAGGCUUCAAUGGCCACAGCUUACCAGAAAAAGUGGCCACUUUAUCUUAGCACAAAAAAUACAAUUCUUAAGAAAUACGAUGGAAGGUUCAAGGACAUAUUCCAAGAAGUUUAUGAAAGUAAAUGGGAAUCAAAGUUUAAGGCUGCUGGAAUAUGGUAUGAGCAUCGACUUAUUGAUGAUAUGGUUGCUUAUGCACUUAAGAGUGAAGGUGGUUAUGUUUGGGCAUGCAAGAAUUAUGAUGGAGAUGUGCAGAGUGACUUUUUAGCUCAAGGUUUUGGGUCUCUUGGGUUAAUGACAUCAGUAUUGGUAUGCCCAGAUGGAAAAACCAUUGAAGCUGAAGCAGCCCAUGGCACAGUGACACGCCAUUACCGAGUUCAUCAGAAAGGAGGUGAAACCAGUACAAAUAGCAUUGCUUCAAUCUUUGCUUGGUCCCGAGGGCUUGCACACAGGGCAAAGUUGGAUGAAAAUUCUCGAUUGCUAGAUUUUACUGAGAAAUUGGAAGCAGCUUGUGUUGGAGCUGUGGAAUCAGGAAAAAUGACCAAGGAUCUUGCGCUUCUUAUCCAUGGAUCCAAGGUCACUAGGGACCAUUAUCUGAAUACUGAAGAAUUCAUUGAUGCUGUGGCUGAGGAUCUUAGAGCUAGACUGUUGGGCAAAGCAAAGUUGUCGGAGUAGGGAGUGGAAGAGUUGUCUAUUUUUCUUUUGGGUGAUCCGGCGAUUUUUGAAGAAAUAAAGAGGGGAAUUAGCUUAUUAGUAAAGAGGUUAGUGCUGUUCUAUGGGGACCGAUUGUCAAAUGUUGCCCCAAACAAUUUUUCUUACUUUCAACAUUUGCACUUGCCUUUUGGCAAUUUGCUCUUCCUUGAACAAUUUAAAUUACCAAGUACCAAUUGAACUGCUACUGUUCCGACAUGUAAAAACGAAUUCCUAAGCUCACNCCCCUCUCCCAAGACCAAAAGUUUGGGACCAUUUAUGUUGUGGGUGAUCAUUAGAGCUUAGAAUUACAGUUUAAAAUGGAUGCAUGCCUGGUUGUUUAAAA